GAUUGUCAUUGCAGCUGUCAUUCGCCGCUGGUUGUUUUGUCCGCGAAGCUUUUCGGUUGCAUGAACUGUGAAGUGGUGCAGUGUCGGUUUUGUGCGGUUUUUAUGUUCUCUGGUUGUGCUGCUCAUGUGAUAAUCGCUGUCCAGUACGCUGCCUAUCAACGAACAUUCAGAUUAUUUGCGGAAAAAGAAAGAGAAAGAUUUCUUUGAACUCUUCUGUUGGAAGCUUUCAGGAAUAAAUAAAAACAGGCACUAAUUAAAAUAACCAUAAAGAAGUUCUAAGUCGGCUGCUAUAAAAAUAGGAGCAAACAUCGAUCCAAACACGCUGCUUUUUUAAUAAAUUGUUGAACCUGAAAAUUGUGUCUAUCGAGAGUUGCUGAUAAUGGGGCGGAAAGUUACUUUAGCUGUUGCUACACUCAACCAGUGGGCACUGGAUUUUGAGGGCAACCUUGCAAGGAUAAUGCAGUCAAUUCUAGAGGCUAAGGAAAUGGGCGCUACCUAUAGAACCGGGCCAGAGUUGGAAAUUUGUGGCUACAGCUGUGAAGAUCACUUCCAUGAACCGGAUACGUAUCUACAUUGCUGGGAAGUGUUACUAGAAAUCCUCAUGUCUCCAAUAAGCCAAAAUAUGCUCAUUGAUGUUGGUAUGCCCGUCAUGCACAGGAAUGUGGCAUACAACUGCCGAGUGGUUUUAUACAACAAACAAAUUUUACUGAUUCGUCCAAAAAUGGCUAUGUGUGAUGAUGGAUGCUACAGAGAGACGAGAUGGUUUUCAGCGUGGACAAAGACUCUCCGAACGGAAGACUAUUAUCUACCCCGGAUGAUAUCUGUUCACACAGGCCAACACACAGUUCCAAUUGGGGAUGCGGUAAUUGCUACACGUGAUACGUGCAUUGGAUUUGAAAUGUGUGAAGAACUGUGGAAUGUCAGAAGCACUCACAUUGACAUGUCUUUAUCGGGGGUUGAAAUCAUCUCGAACGGCUCUGGUAGUUACAUGCAACUGCGAAAAGCCUAUAUUACAGCGGAUCUUAUAAAAAAUGCCAGUUAUAAGGCUGGUGGUGCCUAUUUAUUUAGCAAUUUGAGAGGUUGUGAUGGGCAGCGAGUCUACUUCAAUGGAUGCUCUGCCAUUGCUCUCAAUGGGGAUGUGAUAUCUCGCGGAAAACAAUUCUCAUUACAAGAUGUGGAAGUAAUUCUAGCCACGAUUGACCUCGAGGACAUCAGGUCAUAUCGAGUGGCAAUGCGAUCACGAUCAAAUAUUGCGGCAUCUGCUCCCACAUACCCGCGGAUUAGUUGUGACUUCGAAAUGUCCACCCAUAAUGACAUAUUCAAAAUCACAAAUUGCCCAAUUCAAUGGAUAUAUCACACACCGGAGGAAGAAAUCGCACUUGGCCCAGCUUGCUGGCUUUGGGACUAUCUACGAAGAUCGGGGCAAGGAGGCUUCUUCCUGCCGCUAAGCGGAGGCGUUGAUUCAAGCAGUUCCGCGACUAUUGUUCAUUCAAUGUGUAGACUCGUUGUUGCAGCAGUUCAAGACGGUGAUGAUCAGGUAUUGCAUGACGUCCGAAAAAUAUUGGGCGAUCCUGAAUUCACUCCAGACAAUCCAGCGGCUUUGUGUAAUCGACUCUUGGUGACAUGUUUUAUGGGAAGUGUGAAUUCGAGUAAGGAGACGCGACAACGUGCAUCUAUUUUGGCCAAUCAGUUGGGCAGCUAUCAUAUCGAAAUCAACAUCGAUUCCGCAGUUAGUGCUUUACUUACAAUCUUCAACGCAGUAACAGGUCUCACGCCAAAGUUCCGUACUCAGGGUGGAUGCCCAAGGCAAAACUUAGCUUUACAAAACAUACAAUCUAGAAUAAGAAUGGUGCUUGCCUACCUUUUCGCCCAACUAAUGUUGUGGGUUCGAAAUCGACCAGGAGGUCUCUUGGUGCUUGGAUCGGCUAACGUUGACGAAUCACUACGAGGAUAUAUGACCAAAUAUGAUUGUUCCAGUGCAGAUGUUAAUCCAAUUGGUGGGAUUUCGAAAACUGAUCUUAAGAAAUUUCUUUUAUAUGCGAAAGACAGAUUCAACUUGCCGAUUUUGCAUGAUAUCAUCGGCGCUCCACCGACUGCAGAAUUAGAACCCUUGCUUGAAGGGCAGCUUGUACAAACUGACGAACAGGAUAUGGGUAUGACUUAUGCCGAACUGAGUGAGUUUGGAAGACUAAGGAAGCAGGCGUUUUGUGGACCAUAUAGUAUGUUCUGUAAACUCGUUGCAACUUGGAAGGGUGACCUGUCGCCUAAAGAGGUCGCGGAUAAAGUCAAACAUUUCUUCAGGUGCUACGCAAUUAAUCGACAUAAGAUGACAAUCUUGACCCCAGCAAUUCACGCUGAAAGCUACAGUCCCGACGACAACCGAUUCGACCAUCGGCCAUUUUUGUACAGGGCAAACUGGAGUUGGCAAUUCAAAGCGAUUGAUGAUGAGGUCGACAAGCUGUCAUCACAAGGAUCAUCAGAGAAAGUUCCUCGAUCAGAAGAAGAACGCAUCAAUCAAUCACAGGACACAGGAAUCAGCCGCAGAUCCUCACAGCGUGAUUCAAAGAACUCAUCGCCUCUUUCGUGUUCCUCAACCGAAGGCAAAAAGACCGGCUACAGUAAAGUUCAUGUCAAUGUCCUCGGGAAAAUCAAGGACCGAACUGGAAUCCCAGUUUAAUCAACGAAAAACAACAAACCUAAUUAAAUUCCUACUAAACUGUAGACGUAGUGAUCCCUGCUCAUCAUAAACACCUCGUGGGUAACUUUAGUAGAGGACAUUCGCGGUGUGAAUGCCCAAAUCGGUUUUACGCUUCUCUUGUUAGAUUCGGUAGUGGAUGGGCAGGCGAUCAACUUUGCACAAUACAAUAUACAUAUAUCUUUCAAAUGGCCUUAGAACACUAAAAUAUACAAAGAGAGUAAACUUUUCAAGUAGUUAACAAUUUCGUAAGUAGAUUUUAAGAAGAUUUCAUAUUGACUCGUUUCAUACACCAAAUACCAAAAAGGAAGGAACAAUAAAAUUUUCAAUUUUCUUGGAGUGAUUGUUUAGAGAAUUUCACUUAGGGAUCAUAAUGCUUGCUUACAAAACCAAAUAUUUUAUUACUAAACUCAACUUAGGGUGGGGGAACUUCAAUAAAGAAAAGAUUUAGGCAUUCUAAGCGCCGGAACUUCUGUAGGAUCCAACUAGACGUUUUAGAUUAACUGAACGAGUAUUAACAAGUAUUUUAUGGUAGAAGAGAAGGUAGCAGUGUGUAGACUUACCUAGUCGUGGUCUAAAUUCUCUAGCCAAACGAGCAAGUUCAAACAUUUUAACUGAUUUGAAACAAUUUUAAUUCCCGUCAAUUGUAGAUACUUAAUUGCAUGGUGUUUGCCACCUUAAUUGCGAUUGUUAAACAUCUUUUAAUUAAUUCAAUAUUAUAUAUUAAAAGACUAAAUCGUGUUGAAUAUGUUACACAAAUUUGUUCUUUUCUACUCUAAUAAAAAUUGUUUAGAACAUUUGGA